CAAUGCGGUGCCUCCGUCCUGGUCUGGGCGCUUUGAAGGCAGGCGCAUGCGCGGUGGGAGAUCGAUGUGAUUUAUUGCUUUGCUGCAAGGCGACAAGAAAGGGAAGAAAAGAAAGGAUCGGUGCGUCCAGACUGCACUGCGUUUGGACGCCGGGUUGAAGACCUGGAUCUUCCGACAGCACUUCUCCAGUGAAGCUGUGCCUUUGUGCAAGUGGCAUCCCAUUGUGAAUGCGGGGUUGGGUCGGAGUGGGACUGGUUGGUGCAUUUCAACAGGAGUAAGGAGUUAACCCUGAGACUAUUCCGAAGCGUGGUAACUUACCCCGGAUCUAACCAUGGAGCUGGACCCUUUCCCUUUGCCUCCACUGCCUUGGUUCCAGGCGGACCCUGGGGAGGACUUGGACUUGGGGCGCUUCCUCUGCAAAGAGGAGGAAGAGGAGGAGGAAGGCUGCCCUCUGUCAAACCUGAGCGCCUUCAUCCUGCGCGACUGCAUGUGGAGCGCCGCCAAGGGGGUCUCUGCCCCCAUCCAUAGCCACAGCAGCGCCUUGGACCCCGGAUUGGGAGGGCUUUGCGUGGCCCCCGGAGCCGUCUUGGCCCCCAUUGCUGCUUCCUCUGGGUCUGAGGGCCCCAGCGACUCUGAAGGGGAAGAGGUUGAUGUGGUGACGGUGGAGAAACGCCAGUCUCUGGCCGCCAGAAAGCCAGUCACCAUCACCGUCCGGGCUGACCCUUGGGACCCCUGCAUGAAGCACUUCCACAUCUCCAUCCACCAGCAGCAGCACAACUACGCCGCCCGCUCUCCGCCGGACGUUUCCUUGGAAAAGACUGCCCCGGAGGAGGAAGAAGAGGAGGAGGAAGAGGAGGAGAAUGAUGACGCUUCUCCUCAGGACGAUGGGGGCCAAGCAGCAGAGAGUUCCCCUCCUGAACUUUUCCCCCAUGGUUCGGAUGGGGAGGAUCUCUCCAAGCGGCGCAACCACAAUGACUUGGAGCGCAAACGGCGCAAUGACCUGCGUUCCCGCUUCCUGGCCUUGCGGGACGCGGUGCCUGGCCUGGCUUCCUGCCCCAAGACCCCCAAAGUGGUGGUCCUCAGCAAGGCCGCUGAGUUUCUGCAGUCCCUGCUGGGCGCAGAGCAGGAGAUGAUGGCCGAGAAGAAGCGCCUCAAGCGGCACCAGGUUCAGCUCCUGAAGCGCAUCUCCCAGCUCAAGGGGCUCCGCUGAGAACAGUACCCUUUUUGCCCACAUUUAGCACUUUCUUUUACAUUCAUUCGCAGGACUUUUUUUAACGGACUCCGUAUUCCCCAAAUGCACUGGCACCGUUCUUCUCUUCCUUGGAUGCAUCUAGAUUGUGGAAUUAAGUUAGUUUUGACGCCACUUGAACUGAUCAUGGCUCAAUGAAUUGCAACGCAAUGCUGGGAGUUGUAGUUUAGCAUUUUGGGACUGAGAAAGGUAAAGACUUUGCAAAACGAAUGCAGUUUGAUGCCGUUUGAACUCCCAUGGCUCAAUGCUUUGGAAUUCUGGGAGUUGUAGUUUAGCAUUUUGGGGCAGAGAAAGGUAAAUACUUGGCAAAACUAAUGCAGUUUGGCCCUGCUUCAACUGCUGUGGCUCACUGCUUUAGAUUCCUGGGAGUUGUAGUUUAGCAUUCUUGGGCAGAGACUUUGCAAAACCAAUGCAGUUUGGGAUCACUUGAACUGCCAUGGCUCAGUGCAAUGCAGUCCUAGGAGUUGUAGUUUUGCAAGAUCUUAGCUUUUUCAGCCAAAUACCAUUGGUCUCUUGACAAACGACAACUCCCAGGAUUCUAUAGCAUUGAGCCAUGGCAGUGAAACGUGAUCUCAAACAGCGUUAUUUCCACAGUGUAGAUGCAUCCCAUUUCUUCACUGGAAAUGCACUGAGUUCACCUUUGGAUUUGCUUUUUACCUCAUUCUUUUAUUUUGUCCACUGAAAAGUUUCUUAUCUUGGGUUUUUGUAUCCUUUGGAAUGCAUUGUUAUGACUGUUGGGCUGUCUUUUUUAAAAUAUAUAUAUAUCUACAGAUACUGUAUUUUUAUACCUUUUGUGUUUUAGACAUUGUUUUGUAAAAAAGAAAAGAAAAGAAAAGAAA